AUGCUGUUUGCGCUGCUUACGCAAAGCGACGAGCUACGGAAAGAAAUCCCUCUGUGUGCGGGGUGCAACCAGCACAUCGUGGACCGCUUCAUCCUCAAGGUCCUAGACCGGCACUGGCACAGCAAGUGCCUCAAGUGCAGCGACUGCCAGUCCCCGCUGGCCGACAAGUGCUUCAGCCGGGGGGACAGCGUCUACUGCAAGGAGGACUUCUUCAAGAGAUUUGGAACCAAAUGUGCAGCAUGCCAGCAGGGCAUUCCUCCGACCCAGGUGGUGCGCAGAGCGCAGGACUUCGUCUAUCACCUGCACUGCUUCGCGUGCAUCGUGUGCAAACGGCAGCUGGCGACGGGGGACGAGUACUACCUGAUGGAGGACAGCAGGCUCGUGUGCAAAGCGGACUACGAAACCGCCAAACAGAGAGAGGCGGAUUCGACGGCAAAAAGGCCUCGUACCACGAUCACGGCCAAACAACUGGAGACGCUGAAAAACGCCUACAAUAAUUCCCCCAAACCGGCACGCCACGUCAGAGAGCAGCUGUCGUCGGAGACGGGCCUGGAUAUGCGAGUGGUGCAGGUGUGGUUCCAGAACAGGCGAGCGAAAGAGAAGCGUCUGAAGAAGGACGCUGGGCGGCAGCGGUGGGGUCAGUACUUCCGCAACAUGAAGCGCUCGCGGGGCAGCUCCAAAUCAGACAAGGACAGCAUCCAGGAGGAGGGCAUGGACAGUGACGCAGACGUGUCCUUCACAGACGAGCCGCCCAUGUCGGACCUGAGCCACUCCAACGGUCUGUACGGCAGCCUGAGCGAGGCGUCCCCUGCCAUGGGCCGAGCGGCGGGCGCUCACUCUUCCUUCCCACUGGAGCACGGCGUGCUGCCCUCCCAGGAGUCCUACCACGACAUCCGCGCGUCCAGCCCCUACGGCCUGCCCCAGUCGCCCAGCGGCCUGCAGCUGCCCCCCCGCCACCAGCCCCUGCUGUCCGGCCUGGUGUACCCCGACGCCGCGCUGCCCAUGGGGGGUCAGGGGGGGCCGCCGGGCAUGGGGCAGGGGGGCGGCAGGCUGAUGGGUGGUGCCAACGGGCCCAGUUCUGACCUGUCGACGGGCAGCAGCGGCGGGUACCCGGACUUCCCCGCCAGUCCGGCGUCCUGGCUGGACGAGGUGGACCACGCGCAGUUCUGA